CCUUGAAAAUUUCCCGACCGACUCUCUUUACAUCCCCGCCAAAGAAGCCUCUCACCGCCGCUCUGUCCCAAUUUCGUCUUUCUUUUUACCUUACUCCUCCUCUCAUCCCUAACCAUAGCCUUCUAUCGCAUUGAGGUUUCCGGCAGACCAAACCAAAGAACAGAAAGUUAAACGAGGGUCGGUCAAUGAUAAAAUGAGCCGACCAGCAACCCGAAGUAAAAAUAAAAGACAGAGACAGGUGGAGAAUGAUGAUACAACUACUGAAAUAUUAAGGAAAAUUCAUCUGACUGGUGAAAUAACUGAUGAUGAUGUAAAUCAACUGUACAUGAUCACAAAACCGGUUUGUCAGGGCUGUCGUGUGAAUACUAAGGACAACCCUAAUUGUUUUUGUGGGUUGACUCCACCUCCAAAUGGAAGUAGGAAAACUGGCUUAUGGCAGAAAAUGUCAGAUAUUAUCCAAACUCUUGGUCCAGAUCCAUGUAAAGAUCUCCGUGCUUCUGCUCAUUCACCUGCAGGUCUUACAAAUCUGGGUGCAACAUGCUAUGCUAACAGCAUUCUACAGUGCCUGUACAUGAACAAAUCAUUUCGACAAGGUGUUUUCUCUGUUGAGCCUGAUGUUUUGAUUCAACACCCUGUCGUAGAUCAACUUGCACGACUUUUUGCGCAACUGCAUGCUAGUAGAAUGGCUUUCAUCGACUCUGCCCCAUUUAUAAAAACACUUGAGUUAGAUAAUGGAGUUCAACAAGAUAGUCAUGAAUUUCUGACCUUACUUUUUUCUUUGCUUGAGCGAUGUCUAAGUGAUUCUAAAGUUCUAAAGGCAAGGACAAUUGUUCAAGAUCUCUUUCGAGGAAGUGUAUCACAUGUUACAACGUGCUCAAAAUGUGGCAAAGAUUCUGAAGCUUCUUUAAAUAUGGAAGAUUUUUAUGAGCUUGAGUUGAAUGUCAAGGGCCUGAAAACACUAGACGAGAGUUUAACCGAUUACCUGAGCAUCGAAGAGCUGCAUGGCGAUAACCAAUAUUUUUGUGAGUCAUGUAACACAAGAGUUGAUGCUUCUCGCAGUAUCAAGCUGCGUACACUGCCUGAUGUGCUUAAUUUCCAACUUAAGCGCUAUGAUUUCCUUCAAAAGACUACAUCAAAGAAGAAGAUCACUUCUGUGUUCUCUUUUCCUGGAAAGCUAGAUAUGCGGGAGAGGUUGUCAAAGCCUUCUCGAGUGGAGUUAAUAUACGACUUGUCAGCAGUUCUUAUUCACAAAGGAACUGCCACAAACAGCGGCCACUACAUAGCUCAUAUUAAGGAUGAGAAUACAGGGAAGUGGUGGGAGUUUGAUGAUGAAAAUGUCUCAAACUUGGGUCAUCAUCCAUUUGGAGAAGGCUCUUCAACUUCCAAUACUAAAUCUGAUCGAACCGGUCCAGUUCAUUCGUCUUGCAUAGGAGUGGAUGGCACUGCCAAUGGAAAUCAUUUGGAUCCCGUUAAGCCGCAACAUGAAGAAUUUAGUGGUGGGAGCCAUGUAGAGAUGUUUUCAUCUACCGAUGCCUACAUGCUAAUGUACAAUCUUAGUUGUGCUAAGAAGAAUGGUGGCAGCACCAUGGAAAGAGAAGGUGAUGCAGUUGUCUUACAUGAUGGAAUUUCGCUUCCAUCUCAUCUUUGUGAGGAGAUAGCAAACUUGAAUUCAUUAUAUGUUGAUGCUUGUGAACAAUUCAAAUUGAAAAAGAAAAGAGAACUAGAACACUUAACAGCAAGUAGAGAGGAAGUGAGAUCAGUGCUAUAUGAAGCUCCUGUUCAUUCUGUUGAAGAACCAUUCUAUUGGAUUUCCACAGAUUGGCUUCAUCAAUGGGCUGAUAAUAUUUCUCCACCCUGGUUGUUGAUGUCGUGCAGUGUUAUAAAUAAUGCAUCUAUCCAAUGUUCUCAUGGAAAAUUACCAAUCUCCAAAGCUGGCUCUGUGAAGCGGUUGUCAACUGAAGCCUGGACGAAAUUGUUCUCUAAGUACAAUGGGGGACCAACAUUUUCCAAAGACGACUACUGCAUGGACUGCCUUAUUGAUGUGGCACAUACAGUUGUUUGUGCUGACGGCUAUAGGGAUCGAAGAAAAUUGAUGAAAGAGAUUGCAGACGAUGUACUUUCAGCCAAGUGCGAAGAUGGAGCCUACUAUGUUUCUAAGGCAUGGUUGCAACAGUGGGUGAAAAGAAAAAAUCUUGAUGCGCCUAGUGAAGCUGAUGCUGGACCAACGAUGUCUAUUAGGUGUUCUCAUGGGCACCUGAUGCCAGAGCAAGCUGCUGGUGCCAAACGCUUGUUGGUUCCUGAGAAGUUAUGGCUCUUCUUUUAUGAGGAUGCAGUUACAGUCAAACCUGAUGAUCGAUCAGGUUGUCCAACAUUUCCUUCCGACGCUGAAGAUUGUCCUGAGUGCAGCAAUGCACUUUCAGAAGUUGCAUGCUUGGAGGAUUUUAGAAGAGAAAUGAAGCUUAAACAGCGUCAAAACCAUGAAAAAUUAGCCAUGGGCAAGAGCAUUCCGCUGUCUUCAAACUGCAAGUACUAUUUGCUGCCUUCUUCUUGGCUCUCAAAAUGGAGGAGCUACAUCUCUACAAGCAGCAAACAUAAUUCAUCAAUGGAAUCUGAAAUUCUUGAUGGCAUCAUUAAUUUGCUUAAAUGUGAAAAGCAUUUACGCCUUCUGGAGAGGUCACCUAAAGUGGCUUACAAACGUGGUUCCUUUUUCCAGAAGGAUUCUUCUACAGAUAGGUUGACCAUUAUAACUGAGCAUGACUGGGAAUGCUUUUGUGAAGAAUGGGGUGGUACUAAGGAGAAUGGUAUAUCUGCUAUGAUUGAGCACAGUAAUGAUUUGGCUGGAUGCUGUGGGGACAUGCCAACUUGUGAGCAGCAGCUUAAUCUUUCAAAUGAAGUCAAUAAUGAGAUUGAGUCGAAACAACCAGUAAUUAGGACCUGCCCGGAGGUGUGUGAGGAGUGCAUUGGAGAAAGAGAGAGCUGUGAGCUGAUGGAAAAGCUUCACUAUGCUGAUGAAGAAAUUUAUGUUUAUCUCGUACGUGGAAAAGAAGCUCCAAAAUCAAUCUUACAAGCAUCCCAGUCCUCUGAGCCUGAUCGACGAGCCUCCAAGCGCUCUCGGAGGAAAAACAGUGAAAAUCUAGUAAAUUUAAAAGUUUCUGCAACUACAUCAUUAUACCAGUUGAAAAUGAUGAUAUGGGAAUCACUUGGGGUUGUUAAGGAAAAUCAAAUACUUCACAAAGGAUCUCGAAUAAUUGAUCAGGAAACUGCUACUCUUGCUGACAUGAAUAUAUUUCCUGGAGAUAAGCUUUGGGUGAAAGAUUCUGAAAUCCAUGAAGAUCGAGAUAUUGCUGAUGAGCUUUCUGACCAGAAAAUGAAUGUUGAAAAUAUGGAAGAAGGAUUUCGGGGAACACUACUGACGUCAAAUAUUUCAUCUCAAGUUGUUUGAAUGAAAUACACUUCUGCUUUUUCCCUACAAGAUCUAAAUUUUUUUAGAUAUUGAUGCUGGAAGAAGAAAUCAUGGAAUGUUUUGAUUUUUGAAUUUGUGUAAGCAGAUAGUUGGAAAGGUUGCUGCUUGGAGGAAUUAUAUAAUGUGAUGCAAUGCCCCUUCCCCAGCCCAAUUUUGUGCCUGUGAUAAUUUCCAGAAAGCCCUAGGACCUAGGCAACCAUGGCAGACUAUGAUAACAAACUUGUGGUCAUCACGGAAGCAGCAAUAGAAGAAAGCAAAAAAAAAAAAAAUGGAACUUUUAUUUAUAUAUAUAUUAGUAGAGACGGAUAUGAACGUAUAUAGUAUUCUUGCUUGCAUGUAGGGGGCUGGACGGGGGUUACGGAUGGUUUAUGUAUUGAUGGCGGUGGACUUGUAUGUUUUGCAUGUACAUAUAUGA